AAAUUGAAGAUGAUUUUGCGCACUCAUCCGAAAUUAGGAUCUUGACCACACUCAAAACAGUGGGACAACAAAAUGAUCAUCAGACUUUGAAUUCGUAAAAAAUGUGUUUUUUUGAAUGAAACAUCGUGUCCGUCGACAACGUACAAGCCCCGGUUUAAAAAUAAACCCACAAAGGGGUCCCAGUGCUCAAAUCAAAGCCGAACACACUGUAUUAUUCGAAAUAAGGACCGGUUUAUUUUUCCUGUGGAAUUACGUUGCACGUGCAACAAAACCGAUUAUGAUUCAAAACGUGUCUCAUUAGAAAAAUAUCGCCAUUGGUUUUGCGAAAUGUGCGUGAUGUGUGCCUUCAUUAUCGAUUUCUGUCCCUUGCCGAGCUGUGCGCAGAACGACAAUUCGCCCCAAACGCUCCACAACUCCUCUGGUCGAUUGCACCUUUUUCCCACUACGGCGACUCGCUCGCCCCCCCACAGCCCCGCCAAGCCUCGCCAUCUGGCUUCAACAACAAGCAAACCAAAGUUGAAUUCAACUCGUUUCGGAGUGACGGUGACCCGCAUGUGCUGCUACUGAUAAUAGUGAUAAAACGGUGGAAAGUUGUACGUUAUCGGUGGAGCGGAAGAGACGCCACGGGCGUGGCUGACCAAGCAAACAUUACUCAUACCCGGCAUCCAACUGUCAAUUUGACAUCACAAAUCGCGAAGUGAAUAACAAUGGCAGUGUAGGUCCACUAGGUGUUUUACCACAAUGAGUGCCAACAAUGUGAAUGCUCAACCUGCCCCUACCACCCAAGCCACCGCCACCAUCAAGUCCAGACCCAACAUCAUGCCCAGCAGCUACUUGUACACUUCUAGCAGUGCCCUUCUCAACCGCAACGCUGAGAACAAACCCACGCCGCCGCCCACCCUCCCCAAGUACACCUCCAGCUUCAAUGCCGGGAGCGGUCUCAACCGGGACAGGGACAAGGACAGCAUCGGGGGUUCCUACCGCCUCUCAAGCCUGGACCGACUAGCCAUGAGGCAGAAAUUCAUGGACCAGCAAAGCCCCACAAAUGGCACCAUCACCACCCAAACAAAUGGCAGUGAAGCCACUUCAAUCCAAACCAAACGAGAGAUGUUCUUCACUUCAACCACCGACACGAAGGACUCCAACAGGGUUAAACCGCCAGAACCCCCGGCCAAGACACCCCCAGAACAACCGGCCAAAGAAGACAGCAAGGAAUCCACCCCUGAGAUUGUCAAGGAACGGCCUAAACUCAAAGAACUGGACGGUUACGUCGGCUUUGCCAAUCUACCGAACCAGGUGUACCGAAAGGCCGUGAAGAAGGGCUUCGAGUUCACCCUCAUGGUGGUGGGGGAGUCAGGCUUGGGCAAAUCCACCCUAAUCAACUCGAUGUUUCUAACAGAAAUCUACAACGCCACCGACUACCCUGGGCCCACCCAGCGCCUCAAGAAGACAGUCGCCGUGGAGACCACCCGAGUCAUGCUCAAGGAAAACGGCGUAAACCUCCUCCUCACCAUGGUGGACACUCCCGGCUUCGGCGACGCCGUCGACAACAGCAACUGCUGGGCCCCCAUCAUCGAAUACAUCGAGUCCAAAUACGAGGACUACCUGAACUCUGAGGCCCGCGUCACCCGGAAACAAAUCCCCGACCAGCGGGUCCACUGCUGCUUGUACUUCAUCCAACCGUCGGGACACGGCUUAAAAUCCCUCGAUAUAGAGUUUAUGAAGCGUUUGUGUGAUAAAGUGAACAUUAUUCCCAUAAUAGCAAAGGCCGACACGCUCACAUCCGACGAAUGCGCCCUCUUCAAGAAGCAAAUCCUGAACGAGAUCGCCCAGAACAAGAUCAAAAUCUACGAGUUCCCCGACACGUCCGAAGACGACGAGGAGCACAAGCUGAACAAGUCGCUGAAGGAGCGCGUGCCGUUCGCUGUGGUGGGCUCGAACACGGUCAUAGAAGUGGACGGGAAGAAGGUGCGCGGCCGGAAGUACCCCUGGGGGAUCGCCGAAGUCGAGAACUUGGAACACUGUGAUUUUAUCGCACUUCGCAACAUGAUCAUACGCACACAUCUCCAGGACUUGAAGGACGUCACCAAUAAUGUGCACUACGAGAAUUACCGUUGCCGCAAGUUGGCCGGUUUAGGGGUGGAUGGGAAGCCGUCCCGGAUUUCGAACAAAAAUCCACUGGCGCAGAUGGACGAGGAGAAGCGCGAGCACGAUCUCAAGAUGAAGAAGAUGGAGGCGGAGAUGGAGCAAGUGUUUGAAAUGAAGGUUCGUGAGAAGAAGCAAAAGCUGAAGGAUAGUGAGGCGGAACUGACGAGGAGACACGAGGCGACGAAGAAGCAGCUGGAGCAGCAAGCCAAGGAGUUGGAGGAGAAGAGGAGGCAGUUCGAGAUGGAGAAGGAGCAGUGGGAGAAGGAGAACCAAAUCACGGUGGAGGAGCUGCGUCGGAGGUCGCUCGAAGGGAGCAGGGAGGCCGUCGAUGGCAAGAAGGAGAAGAAGAAAAAGGGACUUUUCUAACACUGAAUGUAUAGUUUUGGUGUGGUACCUUCUUAACUUCAUGGUAAUUUCUUUAAUUAAGUGACUUUAACGGCAGAGAUAGUUUCGUCUAGUGAGACUCCCGCAAUAGAUUGAGAAAUUAUGUUUUCAAAUACACAACUGCCAUUAAAAUAGCGUAAUUGUCUACGUGCCGAUUUACUAUUUUUUACCAUGAUUACUUGUGAGCUGUUUAGAUCGUACAUUAAGAGAUAAUGAAUGGGAAUUAUUUAACUUAUAUAAAUAAAAUCAAUUAUUUGAACAGAAGUGUCUUUUCGUGACAUCUUGCUUGGAAGCAAUGUGCCAUUAUUUUUUUUUAUUUUUAUUUACUUGUAUUAACUGUAAAAAUAAAUUCUUUUCUGACA